AUGUAUAAAAACAGUUACUGCAAGAUUAUGCGCAUUGGUGUUCCCAACCUUUUCCCAGUGCUUUUCAAUCCCCCUAAACCUAACAGGGUGUCUUACUACACCUCGAAAUCUAAGCAGGAGGAGAUUGACAGUCACACCACAGAUGGCUUCCCGCUAUUCCUCAUCACUUAUGUGUUCAUCACCUUCUCCGUGAUAUUAUGCCUGAGGCUGGACAAUGAGAGGAACAAGGUGUGGGUGGCUGUCUACGUCUUCGCUGCUGUGCUGGCAGUUCUCUCUGGUUUUGGCCCACUACUUUACAUUGGAGUGCCGUUUGUUAUCACUGUUGCAAACUCCUUUUUCCUUUUACUUGGUGAGAAAAAUUCACUCUUGGCUUCUUUCUUUCCACAGAUUAGUUUUAGGUUUCAGCUGGAAUUCCAGUAUUGUUUUGUGAAAAACCCGGUCCCAAAGAGGAUGGCUCUCACUCACAAAGAAGCUAUCAUGUCCAUUACCAUCACCACUGUGACUAAUGUCCUCAAGUUCUUCAUAGGCGUCAUGUCUGACUUAACAUCCGUGCAGUCCUUCUGCUUGUACACCAGCACCUCCAAUAUAUUUUGCUACAUCUACACCAUUACCUUCUUUGGAGCCUUUCUGGUUCUAAACAGGCGGCAGGAAGCCAGCAACAGGCACGGGCUGACCUGCAAGCAAAUCCCAUCAGACAGACCUGAAAACCACUCUGAGCUAUACAGCAUCUGCUGCGUGGGAGGUGACUUUGAUAAGCGCACUGGCGCAGAGAAGAAGCAACCAGCGAGUAAUUUCUGUAAGGAUUACUACGGCCCAAUUUUGAUCAAACCCCAGGUUAAGGGAGUGGUAAUCGUCCUCUUUGUGGCAUAUGUAGCUGUAAGCAUUUAUGGAUGGCUCCAUGUACAGCAGGGGAUUGAGGUGUAUGACCUAGCAGCUGAUAACUCCCAAAUUAACUGAUUCAAUAGGAAAGAUAGGCAGUAUUUCUCUGAUUAUGAACCUGUGAUGGUUGUUCUCAGUGAGGCUUUUGCACACUGGGAUGAGACCAAGCGCUAUUAACUCCAGGCACACAUUGAGGACUUUAAAAGGCUCCAGUUUGUAGAUAAAGAUAUCUUUUCAUCCUGGCUGGACUCUUAAUUGUCAUAUGGGCAGAUAAAUAAUUUAACCCUUAAUGAUAAAGAUGUCUUUCUCAAAAAUCUUCUGCAGUCUUUUAAUUUAUUUUCUUUCCACAAGCAAGAUGUGAACCUCACCAGAGAUGUCAUCUCCAGUGGCAGCAUGGAAUUUCAUACACUCAUAGGUCUUCAGUUCACCUCAGGUGGCUGCAGAGCAGCUUCUCUAUUAGUCUAUAACCAGGAAUUAAUCUUUUUUGACCAGUAUGACAUUGUAGUGAGCAGCACAAUCAAAAAUAUUAGCGUGAUUGCAGCUGUGAUGUUCACCAUCUCCCUCCUGCUGAACUGCUCGUUACUGGUGACUUGUUCAAUUGGUUCGGUGACCGCAGGUGUGAGCAGCUUCAUGGCGCUCUGGCAUGUUAGUCUCAACUCCAUAUCCAUGAUCAUUUUCACCGUCUGCAUUGGCUUCACUGUCGAUUUCUCCGGACAUGUGUGUUACGCCUUCAUCUCCAUGCUCUCUCAAAAUGGGGUAUGCAUCCAUCAAGGUGCCUCGUCCAGCAUUUUAGGGGUGUCACUGUUGUCUGUAUCAAAAUUCAACACUUUGAGAACGUUCUUUAAGAUCUUUUUUCUUGUCAUGUUUAUCAGGAUGGUUCACGUCCUUGUUUUCAUCCUAGUAAUCCUGACAAUAUGUACAUUUUACAGUUUCUGA